AUGCAGCCCACGUUGUCUUGCCGCUUUUAUCAAGAUCUCAUCUUAAUUGCCUUGAUCUCGUCUUCCUUGCAAAUAAUCGCCUCCAGCGCGCAAAACUUCACACCUCGCUCAACGCCUGUAUCAGCAACAAUCGGACAUGACGCCCAUAAAACUACUGCCCGGCCUCCAGCCCCAACACAGGUCUGGCAUGCCAACAACGUGGAGCUUCUCCGCCGCUCUGUUCCCACAGUAGGCGCUGUGGCCAACUACAGCUACGUCGGCUGCUUCUUCGACCCGGGCGCGGACCGACUCCUCGAGGGCAAGAUCUUCUGGGGUCAACCCGGGAACAGCCCGUCGUCCUGUCAGUACUCGUGCGGGCAACUAGAGGGCUACACGGGCGCCUUUGGCCUCGAGGAUACGAGCCAGUGUCUCUGCGACAAGACUAUACCCGUCUCGACGAUGAGCAUGUACGCUGCCCCCGAUACCGCGUGCAGCGCGGCGUGUCCUGGAAAUUCAGAGGUCGCAUGUGGUGCGUAUGGGUAUAUCAACAUAUACAUGGCCUUGGCUGCUGAGACCAGCGGGUCGAGCUCCACGGCGACGACUGUGACCCUGGGGUCUGCAACAGCGAGCGCUACGGCAUCAGACGCCGGCACGGCCACAGCCACGGGCGUCUCUUCCACAAACACAACGGGGGCAGACCACACGUCGUCUGACGACAGCAAGUCAAAGGGCAGCAACGGCUUGAGUAAUGGAGCAGUGGCUGGCGUCGCAAUAGCGGCAGCGGCAGGAAUGGGCCUGCUGGUGGCGGGGCUGGGCUUUGCUGUCAUGCGCCGCCGUCAGGGAAGGAAUUUGGGGUUGGAGUCGGCGCCCGAUGCUACUCCGAUGGACGCACGUUUCAAAUCAGACGAAGGGAUGGCGAAACUGACGCCGAAAACUUUAUUCAUGUCAGCCAAGUCCAGAGUUAGGUACUGGCUGGAUGUGUUUUACAAGUGGUGCAAGCAGAGGUACAUGGUGUUGCAUGUUAUUACCACCAGGGCCAGCGUAUACGAGAAGGACCCCUGCAUUUGCCAACAAGUGCUUAAAUACCCUCAAUCAAAACAAGAAUGA